CGCUCUGAAGUAGCGACUACUGCCUCGCAUGAGGAGCAGUUGCAGCUGCUUCAACGCAUCUUCUCCAAGCUGCAUGCGAAUGUCUCGACAGAUCCGGAGAGCUUGCGCCGGUUCUAUAUGCGUUUGCAAACUACCACGCCAGAGUGUGGGGGAGAACAGUUAACUGCGUCUAGUGCCGGGCCGACGGUCGAGAAUAAUAGUGCUCAGGAGCAUCAUCAACAUCAUCAGCACGGCAGUGAUGGCCUUUGUGACGGAAGCUCUCCCAAUAGAACAGCCUCUGUGACCGUCGUCAGCCAAGGGAAAACGCACUAUGAGGGGGACUCUUCGUUGUGGUGUUUCUUCCGUUCAGAGUGUGGAGGGACAACCAUUCAUUCCAUGUCGAACAUAGGCUUCGGCACUGAUUGGAAAACAGCCGCUCUCCAGGCGCUCCCCCCUCAAGAUGUUGUCGAAUUCUUGACAACAACUUUUUUUCAACUGGCGCAGACACUCUAUUUCUGCGUGCAUCCAGAAAUAUUCUCACGAAAGCUCAAGGCCUUCUACGAGGGCACGAAUGAGUUUGAAUCUCAUAAUCCGCUCAGUUCAAGAAGAUCAAUCGAGUUUCUGUCGGUAUUAUUCAUGGUCCUUGCAAUAGGAAGUCAGUUUGCCGAGGUUGGUGAUAUUGAUAGCGGCCAAAUCUCCAUGUCAGAUGAUGAUUUCAUAAAUGAAGAGGUUCUCAAAGGCGAUUUGACUUCUCCCUACAACCUAUCUCGGAUCAAAAUACCAACCCCCGCUCAGAACCCGGGCUGGAGAUUCUACGAGGUUUCUCGUCGAUUGUUACCAGACAUCGUCUCGUCAUCAUCAAUGGCAAGUAUUCAAGUCUGCCUCCUUCAAGGGAUAUACCUCCCAAGUACAACGAGUCGGGAUGCCGGGUACAACUUGCUAGGGUUGGCCCUUAGAAUGGCGAUCAACAUGGGGCUACAUCGACAUUUUGUUUCUGAAUCCAUACACCCAGACAUUCGCGAACUGCGCAACCGUCUCUGGUGGAGUAUAUACGUCGCGGACAGGCUUUAUAGCAUCGAAAUGGGUCGGCCCCUAGCCAUCAACGACGCCGAAAUCAACACACCUUACCCCGUGGAGGUUUCAGGCUGGACUGAUAUUCACGGGCGUCCAAGCAAGAUUGACGGACUGGUGUCUCUCGCACGAAUAUGCCGUAUCCUUGGCAAGAUUGUAGACGCAGUCUAUUGCAAGCCUGCCUCUGAGAAGGGCGCCACCAUCCGGCCCAACGACCUGCAGCUGUUGAAGGAUGAGUCGGGAGACUGGAAGAAAAGCUUACCCGCAAACAUCAAGCUUGAAAGCUUCACGACCCGAUACGAGGCGCACCUAGCUUUGACAUACGAGCAGUCCAUUAUCCUAUUAACCCGCUCUUGCCUGCACUGUGCAGUCGCAACGUGUCGUCCUGCAAACAGCUUGGAGGCCAGUGCGACAAAAUUCCUGCGUCAGCAAGCGCAAGAGUGUGUCAACGCCGCGGUUUCUUCUAUCCGGAUAAUGGGUGCCCUGAAAGAUUUGUCUUUGUUAUGUCGCUUCUCCUUUCAUGAUUCAUUGUACUGCAGUUCCGCUCUGUACGUCCUGAUUUUUGCAAGUCGCAAGCUGGCGGGUUUUGUAUCUGUCCCUCAGAAUUCCAUCGUGCAGGGCAUCCGGAUCCUCCUAGAACUCGCGAAGGGAAGUGAAGCAGCAGGAUUAAGCUUGAGGGGCAUCACCCAAGCCCUUGCGAGCAGUCCUAGGAACCCAAGUGUCGGCCAUACCAACAACAGCACCCUCCGAAACACGGAAAAUGGUAUUUCUGGUGAACGGGGACGGUCCGCAUGGAAGGCUUGGAAGAGGGCAAUGACAGAUUCCCACUCCCACGUCCGGGUUUCAUCUACGAAGAAUCCAAUGCCUUGGAACGAACCUAUGGCAGGCUCCUGUGUUCCAGCAUUUGGCCUUACCCCGGCAUCAGACCAGCCAAUACAAACAGAAGUUUCAAGGUAUUCAUACAACCCACACCAUGAAACGGAUGAAGACUUCAAUCAUGGUGAGGGCCUGGAGCCUCUACCUCUAGAAGUGGAUAAUGAUGUGGAUGCAAUGAUCGAUAUCUCGAAUCUAGCACCUUUCUGGGUACCGCAGCAUCCAGACUUUGACCAUGUAGGUCGAGGUCUUGGGUCAGCAUUGGAGCUUGACUUU